AUGUGGCUGCUGCAAUCCCUCUGGCUCUGGUUUCCACUGUCUGUUGCUGUGAGUGGCCAGCAUGAGCCCGAGGCACCAGGUCAUCCCGGUGGACUCCGCUGUGGGCUAAGGAGCUUUCAGUUCACCAUAAACCUUCUCAGCCAGGAGACAGCAACCCCUCCUGCACUGGUAGCUUGGGAUAAUCGCGGGCUGCCGCACAGGCUGCAGAAUGACUCUGAGUGUGGCACCUGGCUGAGCGAGGGCCCUGGCAGCUCCCUGCUGGUGGACGUGUCCUACAGCAGCUGCUAUGUCACUGAGUGGGACUCCCACUACAUCAUGCCGGUUGGAGUUGAAGGAGCAGAUGCGGGUGGACGCAGGACGGUUACAGAGACAAAGCUGUUCAGGUGUCCCAUGGAUCUCCCAGCCCUAGACAUCCCGAAUGCUGGCCUUUGCGACUCUGUGCCAGUGUGGGACAGACUGCCAUGUGCUCCUUCACCCAUCACUCAAGGAGACUGCAAGCAGCUAGGCUGCUGCUAUGAUUCUGAAGAGGUCAAUUCCUGUUACUACGGAAACACAGUGACCGCACGCUGUACCCAGGACGGCCACUUCUCCAUCGCUGUGUCUCGGAAUGUGACCUCGCCCCCACUGCUGCUGAAUUCUGUGCACUUGGCCUUCAGGAAUGACAGUGAAUGUAAACCUGCGACGGCAACACACACCUUUGUCCUGUUCCGGUUUCCGUUUGCUGCCUGUGGUACUACAAAAUGGAUCACUGGAAAACAGGCAGUAUAUGAAAGCGAGCUGGUUGCAACUCGGGAUGUGAGAACUUGGAGCCGUGGUUCUAUCACCCGAGACAGUGUCUUCAGGCUUCGAAUCAGUUGUAGCUACUCUGCAAGCAGCAGUGCUCUUCCGGUUAAUGUCCAGGUUUUUACUCUCCCACCGCCCCUUCCUGAGACCCAGCCUGGACACCUCACUCUGGAACUUCAGAUUGCCAAAGACAAACACUAUAGCUCCUACUACACUGCUAGUGACUACCCAGUGGUGAAGUUGCUUCGGGAUCCCAUCUACGUGGAAGUCUCCAUCCAGCACAGAACAGACCCCAGUCUAGAGCUGCGCCUACACCAGUGUUGGGCCACCCCCAGCACAAACGCCCUGCUCCAGCCCCAGUGGCCCAUGCUGGUAAAUGGAUGCCCCUACACUGGAGACAACUAUCAGACCAAACUGAUCCCUGUCCGGAGAGCCUUGGACGUGCCGUUUCCUUCUCACCACCAGCGCUUCAGCAUUUCCACCUUCAGUUUCGUGGACUCAGCAGCAAAGCAGGCACUCAAGGGACCGGUGUAUCUGCACUGCAGUGCAUCGGUCUGCCAGCCUGCUGGGACACCAUCCUGUGUGACAACCUGUCCUGGUCUCAGUAGAAGAAGAAGCUCUGACAUCCAUUUUCAGAACAGCACUGCUAGCAUUUCUAGCCGGGGCCCCAUGAUUUUACUCCAAGCCACUCCGGACUCUUCAGAAAAGCUCCGGUCUCCUGUAGACUCCCAAGCUCUGUGGGUGGCUGGCCUUUCUGGAACCUUAAUCAUUGGAGCCUUGUUAGUGUCCUACCUGGCCAUCAGGAAACGGAGAUGA